UCGACGGCAGAGUACUGAAGUUUGUCAUGUAAAGCAUAAUUUUAAUCAAUUUUAAACAUCUGAAGUUAAUGAAGCCUGUAACUGUAUCGUCUAAUUGAUUUAAUAAUGGAAUUUGAUUGGAAUAAUUAUUUAGAAGACACAAAAAGCGUCGCUGUUCCCGAAGAACUAUUUUCUCAUGUGGAAACAAGCCUCAACAAUGGAAUCAAGCAAGGCAUGCUGCUGGAAGUAUGCCACAAAACCAACCCGGACAUGUACUGGAUAGCUGAGAUCACCAUGGUAUGCGCUCAUCUAUUGCGCAUCAAGUUUAUAGGCGCGGAGGCGGACUUCUGGUGCGACCUGUCCAAGAGCAAGGUGCACCCGCUGGGCUGGUGCGGCAAGUGCGACGAGCUGGUGGAGCCGCCCGACGACAUAAACGCUCGCUGCGGCAACCGCAUCAUAGACCUCAUGAAACGCGCGCUGCUGGCGGGCCGCUCGGCGGGCGCGGCGGCGCUGGCGAACAAGGGCCUGUCGCCCCUCGACCGCAUCAAGCCCGGCAUGAAGGUGGAGGUGCGCAACGCCAUCGACCCCUACCGCUACUGGAUCGCCACGGUGUGCGAGAACGUUGGCGGACGGCUUCUGUUACGCUACGACGGCGCGGACGAGGAUCUGCCACAGUUCUGGAUUUUCUUCUGCAACCCUCGCCUCAGCAGCUUCGGCUUCGUCACCAACAAGGGCUCCCCGUGGCAGUUCAAGUACCCGGGCAAGGUGAACAAGUUCUCGUGCAAGAACAAGUUGAGCACGCAGUUGAGGCAAAGCGCAGAGGAGGCCAUCAGUGAACCCACGCCCGCGGACCUGUUCCAGCCAAACCAAACGCUAGAAGCGCACAGCUUCUCUACCGGCAUGAAAGUUGAAGCUCUGUGCCCGAGCGACUUCAACACCAUCCGCCCGGCGACAGUGCUGAAAAUAUUCAACAACCUGCACUUCCUAGUCGUGAUAGACGACCACGUCGAUGACUAUGAGGAUACCAAAAUGGCGUGGCUGUGUGACAAUAUGCACCCCUACAUUUACCCCAUAGGGUGGGCACAGAGGAAUAGCUUUGAAUUUAAACCUCCGAAGAUUUGGUCAGAGGGCGCUUUCGAUUGGGAGGAGUAUUUGUCUAUGACUGCUUCGGUGCCCGCGCCGGACUACUGUUUUGGGAAUAAGGAGUAUGUUAAAGGUAUCGAAUUGAACAUGAAGCUGGAAGCUGUGAACCCUCUGAACCAAGAGGAGAUACACGUCGCGUCCGUCAUAACCAUCGUUGAGCAUAUGUUAUAUGUUGAACUGCUGCCUAUCGGCGAAAAAUACUGGUACUCUCAAGACAGCGACCUGCUGUUUCCAGUGGGCUGGUGCGACAGCAACAAUCACGAGCUGCACAUACCCGACACCAACCAACAGCCCCCAGCAGUGGAGGAGCCCCCUCCGCCCCGGGACGACCCCAAGCCCGCGGAGGAGUGGUGCGACAGGAUAUUCUUCAACUACAAGUGCUAUGCAGGUCCUUCUAUUAGUAGGAAUAAACUAUCCCAGCUGCCGAAAGCCGUCGGCCCCGGCCCUUUGUUGCUGGUGCUGAAGGAGGUGCUGAAUAAAAUUAUAUCGGCUUCGUACAAGCCGGCUAAGCUACUCAAGGAUUGGGAAACUGAAGGGCCGCCUGAGGAGGGCAUGCGGCUUGAAAUGCUUAGAGCUAAGCUCAAAACCAGUACCUACCAUGCCUACGUGCCUAUAGCGACUACGUCAGAUCGGGUGGUGUCAUUUUGCCGCGACGUAUGCGUCAAGCUACAGGCCUGUCCCAGCCUGUUCGGCCCCGUGGAGUACCCGGAGCAGUGCCCCAACAGCUGCCAGCAAGUCGAGAAGUCCACGUUCCAUAAUGGCACAGAACGACGUGGCCGACCUAAAGGAAGUGUAAACGGUAAACGAAAAAAGAAAAAAGGGGCUCCAGAGAAGAGGGAGAAAGAACAACCGCCACCACAAGAAGCGGAGAACAACAGAGACAGAGAAUCUGUUGAAAGUGAACAUAGUGCGGGCUCCACACCACCCUCGGAAAGUGGCACGAGACCUAAUUCACCUGAUAGUGUCACAGACUACAAGAGGCACACGAGAAGAAAACGCGAAGCAAAAGGAAACUUCCCGAAAUUGGAAAUGAAAACCCGAGGCGCUAAACUACCGAAUUUCGCUCAACAAAUGAAGGAAGCGCAUUGGAACAAAAAAGACGUGGAAACAAUCUGCAGCAACUCCUGCUCAAGUAAGAAACAAAACGCGGACAGCGAUACGGAAAAUGAGACGAAUGAGAGCAGUUGCAAUUCAAGAGACGCUAAAAACAUUUCGGAUGUCUCCGAUUCAGAAGAACCAGAAUUGAAAAAACUUAAGUUCCACACAGAUGACCCUCUGCCCUCGGAUAAUAAAAUGUUCGAAAAGGACACAGCUAUGACUCUUAUGAAGGGUAAGAUUAAGUUAGGCCGCAAUCCUCUCGAUUGGUCCGUUGACGAUGUAUACAAUUAUCUCAGCAGCACAGAAGACUGCAAACUCAUAGCUGACAAAAUGAGGCAAGAAGAAAUAGACGGAGUAGCAUUCAUCAUGCUGGAUCUACCCACGAUCACAGAUUUUUUGCACGUGAAAAAAGAAUAUGCGAUCCAACUCUGCAAACACAUAACAAUGGUCCGGUGGUACUAUAUAGAUCACUUUGAGGAAAAUGUUGACUCUUAAAAUGUUUAUAUUAUUACGUGUUAUUGUAUUAUCUAGUCCCAAAUAAACUUGUUGAAAUGU